AAAAAAUUGAGUGUGUGGUUUAAAAAUUCAAGAAAAAAAAGUAGAAAGUUAAAAUAAUUCAGUAUUAAGCGUUUAAAAAUACCAAAAAAGAUCUUUAACAACAAAUAUAGUGUGUCAAAAAAGUGGAAAAAGUCGAAUAUAAGUAAAUUUCAUCCGAUUAAUAGUGGAAAAUCGAGAAAAGAAAAAUUGUUUUUGCAAUGUAAAAAAAUCUAUAUUCUAUCUCAACUAAAAAAGAUCCAAGAAAGAAUAUCUGUUUGAUAAUAAUAAUUCAAUGUCAAGAUGGUCCAUUAAAUAAUAAUAAUAAAUAUGACUUUUGGCACAUGAAAUAGUAUUUUGGAACCAAUUAUAUAAAAAAAACAUCCAUUUUUCCUCAAACCAUAUCACAUUAGCUGCUAUAUAAAAGCAGUAAAAGGAAGUCUUAGUAGGGGAAGUUUUUUUUUCAAUCGAAAAGAAAAAAAGUAUCAACACAUCUAUUGAAAGAUUUUUCAAUUAAAAAUAAGCACCAAGCAUGAAGCAAAUCAAUGUCGCUGUUGUGGGAUUAAGUGGUGUUGAAAAAGAUAAGGGUAACUCUGGAGUUGGGAAGUCAUGUUUGUGUAAUCGUUUUGUACGUCCAUUGACCGACGACUAUAAUAUUGAUCAUAUAUCGGUUUUAAGUCAGUCGGAUUUUAGCGGUCGUGUUGUCAAUAACGAUCAUUUUCUGUAUUGGGGUGAAGUGCGUAAAACAUCUGAAGAAGGUGUUGAUUAUACAUUUCAAGUCAUCGAGCAAACAGAAUUUGUUGACGAUGCUACCUUUCAGCCGUUCAAAGUUGGAAAAAUGGAGCCAUACUUUAAGAGAUGUGCAGCUAUUCGUGUCAACUCUGCGGAAAAGUUAAUGUAUAUUUGCAAGAGUCAACUUGGAAUAGAGCACGAAUAUGAACAAAUUGUCUUGCCUGAUGGUCGCUUUCUUAUUGACGGUUACGUUGUCGUUUUCGACGUUAGUUCCGUUCCAAAUCGUCCUGUUGAGAAGCAAGCUGAUUUCAUCAUUAAUAUUAUUAAUAAUUUGUUGAAAAAUAAGAAGCCAAUUGUACUCGUAACAACAAAAAACGAUGAUGCAAACGAAUCGUAUAUUAGAGAAGCUGAGAAAAUUAUUCAGCGAAAAGAGUAUAAAGGACAGGUUACUCUGGUUGAAACAUCUGCACACGAAGCCAUUAAUGUUGAUUUAGGAUUUAUUAUUCUCGCUCAAAUGGUCGAUAAGGCCAAAAAUCGCUCGAAAAUUGUCUCAUAUAUGGAUGCAGCUAGACAUAGGAAGGAACUACUCGAUGCUAGUACGGAAUAUGUUACAAGAUUAAUUCGACAGCAGAUAACAGACCAUCGGGCAAUAUGGACAACAUCUUCGAAAAAAUUAGCUCAACAUAAGGAAUGGCAAGAAUUUAUCGAACUGUUUGGAAACGAUGCCGGUUUAAGGAUUUUUAGAAGACAUUUAAAGAAAUUAAGAGAAGACUAUCAAAAUAAGAAACUUCAGAGAUAUUUAGAUGCAUUCAUUUCGGUCCUGCAUGACAUUAUACCUGAUAUGAAUUCACUUAGCAUCGAUCAAAAUCUCGAUUGGGAUAAGAUUCAAGUGUAUUUAAGGAAUCACAUUGAUUUUGAUCAGUAUUUCUUUGAUAGUACUCAACAGAAUGUCUCAUGGAUGGAUCUCAGCGAUUUUAGUGAUAUGGAAGAAGAGAAUCGAAUACCUUUUGAUGUUGUUGACACAGCAGAAGCUGAGACGGUCUUUAAAAACCAUUUAAAUAAACUCCAACAAGAGCAGAAAAGAUUAGAGAUGCCAAAAAGAUGGAAGAAGCAAUUUAAGAAAUUAUUGGAGGAGACUAACUAUGUCACGCCUGGAAAGCAAUUGUCAGAAGUUCGCGUUUUCUUUCUCGGAAGGGAAUGCUUUGAAGCACUGUCAGAGCAUGAUUGUCAGCAAAUUUAUGAUAAUCAUCAGCGUGAAAUUAUUGAGACAGCCAAACAUAAUUUCCAAGAACUUCUAUUAGAAAAUGCAGACUUGUUUUAUCAUUUCAAGACAUUGGAACCAUCAGGAACAAUCACACAAAAUGACAUCAAAGAUAUCACGGAUGUACUUCAAGAAGAUUUCCGUUAUAAAAUUUUAGAUCGAUUAGAUCAGGAUCGUAAAUUAAUGCUAUUCCAACAUCUCGGCUUUGUGCAUUGCCCCAUACGAGAACAUUGCCCUGCGUUUCCAAACUGCAUUGAUUCUCUAGUUGAAAGAAUUGUAACAUCAAAUGAAAUUCUGCCGUCAAGAACACCGCACAAGGAUGGACAAUUACAAUUGAAUCUUGUCGUUAUUGGUCUCGAUUAUGUUGCAAAUGAUCUCAUCAGUAAAAUUCAUCUAAAUUGCAACGAUAAUGGAGAGUAUAUUUUCGAUGGAAACACUUAUGGAUUGUCAAUUGAAACAAUUAAUCGUGACAACGAUUCAUUUGCAUAUGAUUUACAAGGAAAAGGUCUCAUCUGUUGCUUCUACAAUAAAACAACAUUCCAAUAUGUAUAUGAUAUCGUCGAUAAAUUACUUGCUGAAAAUACAGAUUUUAAGGAAAAUAUGAGUAAUAUUCACCUAAUACUUUUGAAUGAAAUCGAUAGUAGCGGUAAAAUAGAUUUAAGUGAAAUAAGCGAAACGCGAAAGGAAGCACAACAAUUAUGCGAGAAGCUUCAUUGUAUUCUCCUAGAUGCCAAUGAUUAUUAUACAGCCAUUUCACCACAAUAUCAGCACAAAUUUAUCAAUAAUGUAUUGAACAGUGUCAUUGAAGUAAUGCCAUUUGAAGACCUCAAGUACAAGGAUGUCUUUCCAUCAGAAGUACCCGAUAUAAGAAUAAUAAUGUGUAUGUUCUGUGGUGAUCCAUUUUCAAUUGAAAAUGUCUUGACAUCAAUGACAAAUGAAACUGCCUGCAUGGCAAAUGGAGAGCGUAAUAUAACAUUUGAAUUAUUCUUGGGUGAUCAGAAAAGACGUGUCGAAGUAAUUUUAUCAUCGUAUCAUGGAGCUAAUGCUUUUCGCGAUGAACUUGUACAUGGAUUUAUAUUGUUGUAUUCAACGAAACGUAAAGCAUCUCUUGCGACACUCAAUGCAUUCUCAAUUAAUAUUCCUAAUUUACCAAUGCAAAUUGUCUCAAUUACUGAUCCUGGCGGUGCUUCGUCAUUCUUUAACAAUGAAUUAGCACAAAUGCUCAUUACAGAGGGAAAUAAUCUUGCAGAUAAAUUAAGAGCACAUUUUGUAACAGCUGGUGAUGAGGAUAAUGGAUUUAAAUUUGCUUCAUUUGCUCCAUUCUUGAAGGAAGUUUGGGAUAAGAAACCAGAAAUAGAGCAUGCUUUUCACAUGGAAGAGCCACUUACAAUUGAUUCUGGUGAAGGAACUAUGGAGCAUUCGAUGCAUCAUCAUCAAAGUGCACCACAACCUCCACCUAGAUAUGAAAGUUAUUUAUUAAAUGGAUCAUAUAGACAUUUUGAUAAAAUGAGCCAUAGAUCUGUAAAUUCAUUAGACGGUAUGGAGGAGAAUGUUAAAUACGGAAAUGUUCCAGACGAAAGACAAGCUUAUAGUAAUAUGUAUUUCUACGAAGAGAAUAAUAGUGAUGCAGAUAAAGAUGACAGAAAUAGGAUCUUGGGAAAAAGUUUUCAAAUGUAUCCAUCACCACCAGAACCAGCACCACCAGAUCAUCAUCAUCUUUUAACGCCCUCGUCAAUUUUAAGACAAUUAAAGGAGAACGCAGCAGUCUCGCACUCACAAUCUAGUCUUGAAGAAAUAAACUGUAAGAAUGGAAAAAGUUGGAUAGAUGAUCACAUGAAGGAUGAUGUAUGGAAGAGUAUGAAUGCACACGCAUUUACAACAGGAAGACCGCGAGUUAAUCCAAAUACAUUUGGUAAAAAGAUUCCGCCUGCAGUGAGGCCAAAAAGUCAGACUCUGAAGCAGCCUGGAAAAAUUAAUCUCAUUGAAUCGAAUGCACAAGUUCCAGGGAAACUGAAUCUCGCAAGCUACGCAAUAGUGAAUGAAGCAUUAGCACGGAUGAAUCUAGGUGAUAAUAAUAAACCAGUUUUAGAUAAAAAAAUUUCCUAUAAACCCGGUUCCAAAAAAUCAAAAUUAAAAUCAAAAUCUUGUGAUGCAACGCAUGCAGCCCCCCAAAGUGAAGACAUUAAUGAAAAUGUUGGAGCUGGUGAUCAGGAUUAUGAAGAGGCGGAGUACGAGCAAAUUAAUGAUGGCUUUAGUGAAGCAGUCAACAAUAUAGCUAGUCAAUUGUUUUCAUUCUCAUCACAAGAUCAUCAAAAUUCUAUGCGAAAUAAGUUAAGGCAACGAAGGGAGAAAGAGCAGCAAAGACUCUCUGAUAGCGAAAGCGACUCAAGCUCACUAGAAAGAAAACGAGGCACCGAAGGCUAUAAAUCCAAUCGUAAACCACAAACGCACAAGCGACGUCAAAAGAAACGCGUUGCUAUACCCGUGGCAACUCCAAAAAUUCCGGCAGGCUUUGAUCCUAGUAAUAAUAGUGGCAUGGGCCCUGCAGCUCUUAUGUAUCAAAAAUUGAAAAACGAAAUCAACAACAGCCUAGAAAAAGACAAAAUGGGUGAAGAAGAUGUUUCAUCACCCCGCGAAACGCAAUCACCAAUAGUCGUAAGUCGAUCAAAUGGUGUUGCGAAUUUGCGAAAAGUAUUCAAUGGCUGUUCACCUUUACAGUUUGGUGUUUUACCAAAAAGCUCAAAGGAUGAUCGUGAGAAAUUGUUAACUAGUCAACAGCAAGCUGUUCCACAAACAAAAUCAAAAUGGUUUAGACAGGAUACAGACAAGAAGGCACAACAAGCGAGCGAGAAGGAGGAGAAGAAGCGAUUGAAGGCAGCUGCAAAAAGUACAGGAAAGUCAGGAAAGACACUUGCUAGUUUUAAAAUGUCUGAUAAAACUCCAUUAGUUCCGAUAUUUUUGGAGAGAUGUGUUCAUUUUAUUGAACGAGAAGUCGAAUCGGAAGGCAUUUAUCGAGUACCUGGAAAUCGUGCACAUGUUGAACUCUUAUACCAGCAAUUUGAUGAGGAGGAUACUGUUGAUAUUGAGAAGCUGGACAUUCCUGUUAAUGCUGUAGCAACAGCAUUAAAAGAUUUCUUCUCAAAACAUUUACCGCCUCUUUUUGAACCAGACAUGAUGAAUGAAUUAGAGGAAAUAGCUGGCUCAAGGGGCGGACUCAUCUCAGCAAAUCCUAUGAAUAUGGAAGUUAAAGCUGAUCGAAGUUGCCGUUUACUAGCUUUAAGAGGACUUCUCAAUAAACUCCCACCAACAAAUUUCAACAUAUUAAAAUUUAUAUUCCAACAUUUCGUUCACGUCUCGGAACACUCAAAGCUCAAUAGUAUGGAUAGUAAAAAUUUAGCAAUAUGUUGGUGGCCAACAUUACUUCCAAUCGAAUUCACCGAUAUGCUUCGAUUCGAAUCGAUGCGCCCAUAUUUGGAAGAUAUCGUCCAAACAAUGAUUGAUCAAUAUCCAUUCCUCUUCUGUGGUCAGGAAGCAUUUGUUAUGGUUUGAGAUUAAUGGAAUCUUUUAGAUCAUAAUAUUAUUUUUAAGAUAUAGAAGCGAACGCACCCCAUCCAUACAUGACAUGUUGUGAGUUUUUUUUUCGCUAGCUUUUAUAUACUUUUAACUGCGUACAAAUUUUUUUUACGCAAAUGUUUUCCUAAUUUGCAUAGUGCAAACAAAGAUAAGAUGAUGAAGAUAAAAAACACAUAAUUUUUAGGUAUUUUUAACAAAAGAAAAAGUAAUGGACAAAAAUGCAUGCGAAAUUGCAUCGAAGUAGUAGAAGGCAUUAUGAUAGUCAAUGAGUAUUGAUAGACACAAAAAAAAUGUUGCAAAAUAAUGAUGAUGAUAAUAAUAGUAAGACAAAAAAAAAUUAAUUAUUGAUUCGGUACAAUAAAUUAUUGUAAAAUGAUGUUCGAUGUGAUUUUGGCAUGCUACUUUUUACAAAAAAAAAAAAAACAAUGGUAUUUACAUAAAAAAAAUAGUUAGGAACGCUUUUUAUACAUUGAAAUGAAAUUUAUUGAACAAUUUCGACGUGAAGAUAAUAAGCUUUUGUUCGCAAUAUCAAAUUUAAAGCACCACAUAAAUUAUAUGCUUUAUGCAUAAAAGGAAUAUACACAAAUACAGACGGAUUUCAUCAUGAAACAACAUAAAUACACACGUAAAAUAUAAGUUGCUUUUUUAAACAAAAAAAAAAAUAACUUUUAAAAGUAACAUUUGCUUCACAUCUGUCCAAAAAAAUUGUAAGGAUAAAUUUAUGAUGGCGCAUUAUUGCGUUUUAUUAAACGUCAGAUUUUAAUCGUAGAAAAUAUUAAACAAGGAUGAAGGCAAGAAGAGAAUGAAAAUUAAUAGAAUGAUGUCUCCAAGUUUUUAAAAAAAUAUGGAAAAAGAAUUUUAAAAAAGUAAUUAAAUAUAUAUUUUUCAUGAAGAACUUUAUACAAACUCACACAUUUUGCACGUUUAAUUAAAAAUUAAUUAAAUGUUAUUUAAUCACGCUGAUUCAUGAUUUGAAUAAGAAAACUAUGAGAAUAUAUGUAUUCUUGAGCCGUAAGACUGCACCGAACAUAAGUAAUGAUGAAAACCCUGAAAAAUUCCAUACAAACCUGAGCGACAAACUAUGUCAAUGGUAAUCACAUAGUUGCCUUUAGAGCAGUCAAAAGAUUGCCUUUGUCAUUAUUUGUCGCUCGGAAAAAAAAACUAUAAAAGUAUUUUCAUUUAUUUCAUACACAGAACCUUAGCAAUUGUAUAUUGAUAAUUUAUAUUUUUGACAUAACUCUCAUAUUUUCAUUCUAGAAUAGUUCAAUGGAGCUCAC